AUGGAAGCCGACAUCGCUUCCAGGUACGAGAUUCCCCGGACCGCUCAGUUCCUCCGCGCCGGCGUCUACACCAGGGUCGCGCUCCAGUUCCCCGACGAGAUGCUCAAAGACGCCGCGGCGGUGGCGAGGGCGCUGCGGCGGGAGCUUGCCUCCGGCGGCGCCGGUGGUGGAGUCAGGGUGUUCGUGAUGGCCGACACGGCGUACAACUCCUGCUGCGUCGACGAGGUGGGCGCGUCCCACAUCGAUGCGCAGUGCGUCGUCCACUAUGGGCACGCCUGCAUGAUGAGCCCAACAUCAAAUUUGCCAGCUUUCUUUGUAUUUGGGAAGGCACAGUUGGAUAUCCCCGCAUGUGCCAGCACAUUGCUUGAGUGCUCAAGAAAAAGCAAUAAGCGCAUUCUGGUUUUGUAUGGACUAGAGUACGCAUAUGCAUUGGAUGAUCUUAGACGAGCUUUCAUGGAGUCAUGUAAAUCAAAUUCUGGCAAUCCUGAAGUCCAGUAUGCAGAAGUUCUGUGUUCAGUUAUGAGUCCAUCAAGUACUACAGAAGAAAACACAAUUCCUCAGUCGAGUGGCACCUCUUGUAACGGAGAUAUCACAAGAAACAGCGAUGUAGCAACAUUCCUGGACAAUCGUUAUGGCAUGAAAUGUUCCAGUUCCACACAAAAGUACAGCCUUGGUGGCAUUACAUGGAAUAUUUCAGUUGAUGAGAAAAUGGAGGACUAUUUGAUAUUUUGGAUUGGACAAGAUAACUCAGCAUUUGCCAACAUAGUCCUUACCUUCAAUGAAUGUGAAAUAGUUAGAUAUGACGCAAUAGAAAAUCAACUCACAGCUGACAUCUCUCAUCUGAAGAAAAUUCUUAGGCGAAGAUAUUACCUUGUGGAGAAGGCGAAGGAUGCAAACAUUAUUGGCAUUUUGGUGGGAACUCUGGGUGUUGCUGGUUAUCUUCAUAUAAUCGAACAAAUGAAAGAACUGAUCAAGGCCGCUGGAAAGAAAUCUUAUACAUUGGUCAUGGGCAGGCCUAAUUCUGCAAAACUUGCGAAUUUUCCAGAGUUCGAAGUUUUUAUUUAUGUUUCUUGUGCCCAAACCGCUCUGCUGGAUAGCAAGGAUUUUUUAGCUCCAGUUAUUACACCUUUUGAAGCUGUACUAGCUUUUGGCAGGGGAAGAGAGUGGACUGGAGAAUAUCUUUUGGAUUUCAAGGAUUUGAUCACUUUAGAGAAACAAGAAGUUGCGAGCACAACAGAAGAAGCACGUUUUUCUUUUAUCAAAGGUGUCUAUGUGGAAGAUAAUUGCCCCCAAGAAAAUGAGGAGCAAUCAGAAACGUCUCUCGCACUGGCUGAGGUAACAGAAAAGGCACUAAGCAUCCAAAACCAGCACAAUGACGCUGUCCUUUACCAAGGAAGAGCAAUGUCCUCAAUCGACUACCUCAAGGCACGUUCAUACCGUGGUCUAACUGGAGAAUAUGAAGGUCCAGUGCCAAAUUCAAUCUUGAUAGGCAGAACGGGCAGGGCGGCUGGUUACAGUGAUGAGAAAACCGAGACCACACAAUGA